GAUUUUUUCCGCGCGGACAAGUUGGCCGCUUUGGCCGCAGCCAAUCAGAACCCGACCCGGCGGAAGCGCUGGUGAACGAAUGUAAACAUCCCGCCGAUCAGAAUGCAAAUGGCGUCCACCAUGUCGGAGUCAACUGUGUUCUCCGUGGAACUGCUGCUGGACGUCAUCAAACAGUACCCGGUCCUGUACGACAAAAGUCAUCCAAGGUACAAGAAAGCGGAUUAUAAGAAAGAUAUAUGGAAGAAGAUUUCGCAGGAUUUGGGUGUGACUGAUGGAAUUUGCCAAGCCAAAUUCAAAAACUUGAAGGAUAACUUCACAAAAACUAAAGCUAAAAUAAGGGACAAGAUGAAAAGUGGGGCCGCAGCGAAAGAUGUGCCCACAGUUAAAUGGAAGCACUUUGAGGCACUGAUCCCAAUCAUGGAAAAAGUGUACGAGGAGCCCAUCAUUUGCAGCAACAUUGCCUUUGAGCAGACAGGAGGAUCAGACAAGUCUGCCGAAAGUGGCAGCAGAAGCCAGGAAGACUCCCAACUUGAACUUUCAUUGAAUGAGAUCCAUGAGGUCGGGUGGGUGGAUUUCGAGGCAGGCAGCAGCUCUCAUGAAACUCCCAGCAGUGACACCUCUGAAACGCCACAACAGACAGAUGCACAGGAACUGGAAGUGGAGGCUCCAAAUAGAAGUGCAUCAAGGCCACGAAAGUAUCGAAGGACUUCAAGAAGCCAGAAGACUCCAUGCGACGAUGACUCUGGUACACUGGCCGUGGCAGCUGAGUGUCUUAGCCACAUAAAGGCAUCACAAGAAAAAAGGGAGCAGCAGAAAGACGUACUGCACCAUUUUGCGCAUACCAUGGUUGGUAUGCUACGCACUUUACCUGCAGAUGACCAAUUUGACAUCAUGCACUCUGUGCACAACCUAGUGUACGAUAAAAUCAAGGAGGUCAGAAGACGGGGAAAUCCAAAUGAAUAAAUUGUAGUUUAAUAGUA